AUGUGUCUUGAGGAGAAUGAAACAUUAAUUAAUCAAUUUUCAAAAAAAUCUCCCAAAAUAACAGAAUUACAUAAUCAAUUAGAAGCUGUACGAAAAGAACUAACUCGUUCUAAAUAUGUUAGUCAAGUAUUAUGGCGAAAAUUAGAUGCUCUCGAAGCCGUACAUGGUUCACAACAAACACGUGCCGAAUUAUUCAGUGAAUUAUCACAAUACAAAGAUUUAUUAGAAUUUGCUAAAACAAAACAGCAACGUACUGAAUCUACACAGGGUUCACGAUCAUCAUCAGGUUGA